ACAGAGCACAGGCAGCAGCAUCGCUGGAUUUAGCUGGUGCCCGGUGUGUGGAAGUUGCAUGCUGCCGCUGAGCGCCUCCAGAGCCCACCUUGCUCCAAGUGCUAUGUCUGCUGCCCAGCUUGCUGAGGUCUUCUGCCAGCUGAACGUGGCACUCAGGAACUGCUGAGCCCUUGGAUUGAGCUGUACCCAGAAUAUAAAAGCGGGACUGCGCCCUUCUAGGCGGUCAGUCCGGGUCUCCUGCCGCUGUUGACCUGGGCUCCAGUGCGUCAAAGACGCGUAUUUGCGCACCGUCCUCCUCCGCAGCUUGCUCCAUCACAGCCUGGUGCCAGCUCCUCUGCCCGGCUCCCAGAUGCUGAACAUGAGCGCAGAGCAGGACCAGGCUCCCGAGGCUCCCUGCAGCCCAGCGGGCACCGCCAGCUCCAUGUCUCACGUUUCGGACUCCGACUCGGACUCUCCGCUGUCCCCGGCCGGCUCGGAGGGGCCAGGCUCCCACAGGUCCUCCGGCAUUUCUCCUCUGUCCAAGAGCGACCCCGAGGGACCCCUGGAUGAGCGCUUCCCAGCCUGUAUCCGGGAGGCAGUGUCCCAGGUGCUGAAAGGCUACGACUGGAGUUUGGUGCCCAUGCCCGUCCGGGGAUCCGGCUCCCUCAAAGCCAAGCCCCAUGUCAAGCGACCUAUGAACGCGUUCAUGGUGUGGGCACAGGCGGCCCGGAGGAAGCUGGCAGACCAGUACCCACAUUUACACAACGCCGAGCUCAGCAAGACCCUGGGCAAACUCUGGCGUUUGCUGAGUGAAAACGAGAAACGUCCCUUCGUUGAGGAGGCCGAGAGGCUCCGAGUGCAGCACAAGAAGGAUCACCCUGAUUACAAAUAUCAGCCACGCAGGAGGAAGAGCGUGAAAGCCGGGCACAGUGACUCCGACUCAGGGGCUGAGCUGGGGCAUCACCCUGGUUCUCAGAUGUAUAAGUCCGAAUCUGCAGUGGGAGGAAUGGGAGACGGCCAUCUUCAUGGAGAGCACACAGGUCAAAAUCAUGGACCUCCAACUCCUCCAACUACUCCCAAAACUGACCUGCACCAUGGUGGGAAACAAGAACUGAAGCAUGAAGGAAGGAGGAUGAUGGACAGUGGGCGGCAGAACAUCGAUUUCAGCAAUGUGGACAUUAGUGAACUGAGCAGCGAAGUCAUUAACAACAUUGAGGCCUUUGAUGUCCAUGAAUUUGACCAGUACUUGCCGCUAAAUGGCCAUGUAGCUAUUGCAGCUGAUCAUGGCCCGAAUUCCACAGCACCACCUUAUGCAGCACCCUAUACACACCCAGCGGGGAACACACAAGCUUCUGUUUGGACUCAUAAGAGUCCACCAACAUCAUCUUCCUCUUCUGAGUCAGGCCAGCAGAGGACCCAUAUUAAGACAGAGCAGCUGAGUCCCAGUCAUUAUAGAGACCAAUCCCACGGAUCACCUCCACAUUCUGACUUCAACUCCUACAGCGCCCAGGCUUGUGCCACAACUGUGCCUAGUUCUACAGUACCCACCUCUUUUCCUAGCUCUCAGUGUGACUACACAGACCUACCCAGCUCGAAUUACUACAAUCCCUACUCCAGUUAUCCAUCCAGUCUCUACCAAUACCCUUAUUUCCAUUCCUCCCGCCGCCCCUAUGCCACACCUAUCCUCAAUAGUUUAUCCAUUCCACCUUCUCACAGUCCCAACUCCAACUGGGACCAGCCGGUCUACACAACCCUGACAAGGCCUUAAAUGCAUUUUCAUUUUUGGAACUUUUUUGGAACUAAGGACUUUUAUUCUACAGUUACGGCUAGCUGUCGUUAAGUCUUCCAAGACACGUGCACUAAAGACAGAAUGUACUGGUGGGAGGCGCAAUGCCAGCUUCAUUUAUAAGUGCCUGCUGAUAAACCGAGAAUAUUUCUCUUACAUUUAAAAAAGCAUUUCCUUCAGACUUUUUCAGAAAGCCAAUUGUGAAACAAAAAAUUGCUGAAAAAGGUUAUUUUACUUUUCUGAACUGUGACAUGACAUAGAGUAAAGGAUGGACCUCCAGUUUCCCAAUAAGGACUGAGUUUCACUGGGAACUAUUGGGAGGUGUAUUAGGUUUUGAAGUUUACUGCAAUCUGAAAUACAGACCAACCCUUGCGAACCAAUUCUAACAAAAUGCGUUUCAUUGUAAAGGUUAAUCGUGGGGGUAGAGCACCAGUUUUUGAUCAACCUGUCAAAGUUGUCUUGUUCUUCUUCAUCUCUGCAGCUGAUACAGCAGCAUUAUUUCAUUCUGAAUAUCUUACACGCCAGCAGAAUUACACAUUUUGGAAAACCAUUCCACAUGAACAUUACCGUAUCAAUCGAUUUUGCCUCAUUUGCCUGUUCAUCGUGAUGGAAGAAAAACCCAGUUUAACGUUAUCACUUCAUCAUGUCUCAGGCUUGGACUACAAAGUAUCUAUUUCAGUGGAUUGUUAAGCAAUGUUUGGCUGUAAUUAACUUUUUUUUUUUUUAAUGUUCGUAUAGUUCUGAGAUCUGUUAAAUAUAUAAAUAUAUAUAUAUAUAAAUAUAUUUAUGUGCCAUAUAUUAUAAGUGAUUAAUGACUUUAUUCCUUGAAAAAGUACAAUAAUGGGGAGAAAAACAAUUAGUUUGAGUAGAGAAAAUGAAGGGAAUAUGUUGGAACAGGCUAAUGAAAAAGGUCAGGCCGAAUACAGAAAAUGAAAAGUGUGACCGAAAGUUAUUUAAUUAUGUCAGACCAGCAUACAUAUAAAAUAUUAACUGGUUGGUUAUACAUUUUUGGAAAUGUAUAUAUUGAAUCAGUAAUUAUUUGUUAAUACCAAUAAACUUGUUAUAAUGAUUUAUAAUGAUGCUGUUUCAGGUAAUUUACCAGGGACCAGACUCUUCCGACCAAGUUAAGACACUAAAAACCUCUUCCAUAAUUUUUUUUUUAACUUAGGAUUUGAGUAAAAAAUACAUAUAUUUUUUUGUUAUUGUUAUCUGUUCCAUUGUUCCCUUUCAUUGUAUGCUGAGCAUAUAAUUUUUAUUUUAUGGUAACAUGUGCCUUUUUUUUAAGAUAUUGAAAAAAUGUAAAUUUGAA